AAUUUUUGAGUGGUGAUGUCUCUUACACAGGGACCACAGGUAGAGACACUUACAACAGGUGAGGUGAACGGGAAGACGCUGAUUCUUGUCACCUGUGAGAGGCCGUCUUCCCUCAUGGUGUACAGUCUGGACCCCACCACACUGGUGCCCCAGUUCGAGUCCAUCUACCGGCCGGGGCGGUUCGACAAGCGGUGGAUAGAGGCGUACUUACACCGAGAGGUGGGCGAUACAGACCCGGAGGAUGUGAAGUUUAUCUCAGCCGAAGACAGUCCGGACGGGGAACCCUUGGUGUUGGUCGCGGGUAGUCUGAGCGGUACUGUGUCUCUAUACCGGGUCACUGACCCCUACACCGUCCUCACCGGCCUCAUUCAGACACAGGGACAGGGCGUGUCAGACGCGCCGCCUAGCGAGGAUGGUGUGUAUAGCGAGGAAGGUGUGUACUACGAUGAGGGGAAAUAAGAUUGCAAGCGUACGACGUAUUGUAGGGUUAGGGUUUAUAUGUUCAUCUGAUAACAAACUGUACAAGAUUCCGGCAUUAUAUAUGUUAACCGUCCAGCUAUAUUAGUUUUGUAAUAGAGGGUUGAUGACCCGUUCCAAGGUGUCAAUAUUGUAUCAUGAGGCUUGGCCAUUUCUAUAACCAUCUCAUAAAUCGACCGAGUGAGCGAAGCAAACGAGAUGGAU